UUCGUCAAGGAGCUCUAUGUGUGGUCCAAACUUGCUCAUGAAAAUAUUCUGCCACUUCUUGGAUACGUCUUGGAAGGAGACUAUCCUUCUGUGGUAUCGGAAUGGAUAGAAAAUGGCACCGUUACAAAGUAUUUGAAGCAUAACUCUUCUGCUGAUCCUGAAAAGCUGAUAUUGGGGAUAGCUGCUGGGAUGGAUUACCUGCAUGAUCAAGACAUUGUACACUCAGAUCUUAAAGCAGACAAUGUACUAGUCGGACCGUCCAGUCAACCUCUUAUUUGCGAUUUCGGGAUGUCUCGCACGUUGGCUUCUUCCUUGUCCAUUGAAGCCACCACCCUAAGCGAUGUGAGGGGAUCCGUCAGAUGGAUGGCCAUUGAGCUUCUAGAUAUCAAUCUUGAUUCUCUCCACACGAAGGAGACAGAUGUCUGGGCAUUCGGCAUGACUGUCUACGUAUGUUUUUCGGUAACGUUUUCCGAAUUACGAAAUUGA